ACUAGGUCAUUAUUCACGUGUGUACAUAGUGAUUGUGAUAGUAAAAAGAGAGAAGGAGAGUGUAUAAAUUUAACGUGGAGAAAAAUAAAUAACCAUGUCAGGAGACAACGCUCAAAGGAGGACAAAUUUCAUCACGAUACAGGAUGACACCCCUGGGUACAGACUGGAUGAGUUCUGUAUCCCCAAACACUACGAGGACGAUUUAUCGCGAGUUCUGAUCCCAGCUGGUUUAAUUAACGACAGAAUCGAGCGUCUUGCCCGGGACAUUGUGGAGGAUUUCGAUGAGGACGGAUUGGUGGCGCUGUGUGUACUGAAGGGCGGCUACAAGUUCUUCACCGACCUCCUGGACAAAAUCAAAGGACUGAACCGCAACCUGGGCAGGUCCGUGCCGCUCGCCGUCGAUUUCAUCCGCCUUAAGAGCUAUGUGGAUGACCAGUCCUCAGGAAAUAUUGAAGUUAUUGGUGGAGACAAUCUGAAGAACCUCCAGGGCAAGAAUGUGUUGGUGGUUGAGGAUAUUAUUGAUACAGGUAAAACCAUGCAGAAACUCCUAGAAAUCCUGCAGGGAGUGAAACCAAAAUGUAUCAAAGUGGCCAGUAUGCUGGUAAAACGAACACCUAGAAGUUCUGGAUACAAGCCUGAUUACACUGGGUUUGAAAUUCCUGACAUUUUCAUCGUGGGAUAUGCCUUAGAUUAUAAUGAAUACUUUAGGGAUUUAAAUCAUGUUUGUGAAAUAAAUGAAGCAGGGAAACAAAAAUAUGCAUCCAAGUGAUAAAGAACCAGAAAAAAAAGGUGAAGAAGCAACAGUGAUUAAAUCAAAAGUCCGCAAAGUCAGAAUGUGAAAACCAGGCCUUAUAUUGGGCUCGUACUCAACCAUUUUAUGGAGGGAAAUAUAAAUGAUACUUACAGAUUUAGGAAACAAUUUAUCACAGAAAUAUUCCCAGCACUAUACUGGGGAAAUCGGUGUAGAACUAUAAAAACUUUAUAAAUAACAGUGGACCCAUACACACAAAAAGUCAGAUUUUGUUCGUGUUCUGUAAUUACAAUUAUUAAUAGGAAUAAUGUCACAAUUAGAAGCUUUGUAAGUGCUUAUUGCUAUUCCAUGAAAUAUUGGCAGUGAUUGGAAGAAAUAAUGCCCAAUUGUUUAUGAUGAUUCUCACUACAUAGUUUUUUUAUUAUCAUGAUUUUCAUUUGUUAUAUUAUAUUAGAUAGGGGAGUCAUAUUUUGUAUACUGGCUAAUACUGCUAUUAGAUUUGUUCUGUAUUCAUAGGAUGUUAUGCCAACAUAGUACGUCAAUGUAGUAAUCUUGGCGUAGUAACGUCAACAUAGUGAUGUCACUGUAGCAUUAUAUGUCAAUUUAGUUAUGUCAACAUAAAAUAUCAACAUAAUAAUGUCGGCAUAGUUAUUCCAACAUACAUGGAAGAUGACUGACAUAAAAAAUCUGAGGAGUUUAUUUAUAAUUAUUGUAAAUCGAAUAUCAUGUUUAUAAGGAGGCAAUGUAUUGAUAUGUAUCUUUGUUUUGCAUUGAAUACACCAUUUUAUAUUUUUAUACAUGUUUUAUGGCUGCCAAAUUCCAAUUCUUUUUUAUAGUAUAUCUAUUGUCUCUUCUUAUAACAAUACAUUGUAUGAUUCUUCGAGUAUUGACAUCAUUUCAUAAUUAUCAUAAUAGGGACUCUGUUUUCUCCAGUGGGGGUUUUCAGUCGUGCAUGAAUUUAAUCUAUCAUCAUAGAGAAUUAAUUUACCACUUUGUGAAUUUCAAUGCAUUUCAUGAUUUUAUUUCUAUUACAAUGUAAACACGAAGUCAAUCUGUCCAUGUAAGCUGUGACUGAGAACUAAAGAUGUCAAUCAAAACCAU